UCUUCGCUGGUUGCAUUUUACUGUCUCCAUGCAGACAAUGCCAAAGCGAUAAACAGCGCCGAAAAUUGGUGAAAAAUCACGCAAAUCCAAGCGUAAUCUUGAGCUCAGCUUUGGGGGUAAAGCCGCCGCCUUGGUGCUGUUUGGGGGAGAUUUGCGCGUGUUGGAGCCGGGAAGAUGAACAGGGCUCAGUCCCCGAUCCCGGGAGACGGCGGCGCCGGCGCCGGAGAUGGUUUGCCGCCGCAGUCCUCCCGGCGGGCGGGUGCGCCGCCGUCUUCGUCGACUCCCCCGCCGCCGGAGUUCGACAUCAGCCGCAUGCCGGAUUUCCCGACGAGGAACCCCGGCCACAGGCGCGCCCACUCCGAGAUCCUGAGCCUCCCCGAAGACCUCGACCUCUGCGCGCCCGGCGGCGGCGACGGGCCGUCGCUGUCGGACGAAAACGACGAGGAGCUCUUCUCCAUGUUUCUCGAUGUGGAGAAGCUGAACAAUUCGUGCGGGGCGUCGUCGGAGGCGGAGGCGGAGUCGUCGUCCGCCGGGGCGGCGGCCGCUGCCGGCAGGGGGGAGGGUGCCCAUGUGCCGAGGCCGAAGCACCAGCACAGCCAGUCCAUGGAUGAAUCGAUGUCGAUCAAGGCUGAGGAGCUCGUCGGGGCGCCCGGGACGGAGGGGAUGUCGUCGGCGGAGGCCAAGAAGGCCGUGUCCGCCGCGAAGCUGGCCGAGCUUGCUCUCGUCGAUCCCAAGAGGGCGAAAAGGAUUUGGGCUAACCGGCAAUCUGCAGCAAGAUCAAAGGAAAGGAAAAUGCGAUAUAUUGCUGAACUUGAGCGCAAGGUGCAAACCCUGCAAACAGAAGCAACAACAUUGUCAGCCCAGUUGGCACUGCUACAGAGAGACACCAGUGGACUAACUACUGAGAAUAGUGAACUCAAGCUGCGUCUGCAGACCAUGGAGCAGCAAGUACACUUACAAGAUGCUUUGAAUGACACCCUGAAGGCCGAGGUUCAGCGGCUCAAGGUCGCGACGGGCCAGAUGGCGAAUGGCGGAGGAGGGAUGAUGAUGAACUUCGGCGCCAUGUCGCACCAAUUCGGAGGAGGCAACCAGCAGAUGUUCCAGAACAGCCAGGCCAUGCAGUCCAUGCUGGCAGCACACCAGCUGCAGCAGCUCCAGAUCCACCCUCAGGCUCAGCAGCAGGUGCUGCACCCUCAGCAGCAGCCGCCGUUGCACCCGCUGCAGCUCCAGCAGGCGGCGCGAGACCUCAAGAUGAAAGGGCCAAUGGGCGGCCAGAGCCAGUGGGGAGAUGGCAAGUCAGGAAGCGCCGGCAACUGACGCAUCGUUUGCAAAUUUUUUUCAAACAUCCCGAAAAAGUUUUGGUGCAACUGGGUGGGUGGGUGGUUUAACCGUGGAUAUGGUUUUGUUUUCGUUAAGAUGAUGAUGAUGAUUUGCAAGCGUAGGCAUCGUCAUCUGUAGGUUCUUCUUCAUAUAGUCGAAUGGAUGGGUGUUCAGUUGGAGAAGUUUAUUUGUAGGUGGUAAUCAGUAACUUGUGUUGUAGUCGAAGAAAUUAAAAUGGUCGGAUCAUCAAGAAUUCCAGGUUAAAAUCUUCUGUUUUUUUGGGAGGGUAAGGUAGCACAGCACCAAAGAUGUAUUGUUGCCUCCAAUUAAAUAGCUUCAAGUAGUAUAUGUUGCUGUUCUGUUUA